AUUAUUUUACGUGGCUUUAGCAGAAACCUUCAGAUUAAGGCUUAAUAUAUAAAGCAGAGUACGUUCAUUUGCAUCAUUUCCAUCUCCUUCUCAUUUUUGUUCUGUUUUCAGCCAAAAUUAUGAGUGUGGAAGAUCAGUUUCUAUAAUGGAAACCUUCAUGAACAAGGAGUGGCCAUCUUAUAUUUAUGGCAUGGCCACAGGUCCAAAAUUUUUCAACGAUCAAAUCAUUUGGGGUGCUUUAACUGAGACUGCUUGUCAGGAAAAUGGAAGUGGCAGUGGAAGUAAGUCAACCUCAUCAUCACCUGAUAGGCUGCUUUUAAGUUCCGAUUCCAGUUCUUCAGCAGAGGAGGCUUCCGGAGCCAGUUUGUUCAAAAACAUUCCUGGAGUUGUCAGACAGGAUGUUGUGGAUGAACACCAUUCAAGUUUAUUUGUUUCAGGGUUUGGUUCUGUCCACCUGCCUGGAGAUUCUGUUACUGAUGUUAAGGGUGGUUUUGUUCCAGUGAACUUCUUGGAGUCCUUUCCAAAACUAAACCAAGCUCAAGUUUCAGAACCACCUUCUCCAUCCACACCAGUCAUUGAUUCCAAUGGUGAAAAGAGUGAACCUGCAUCGACUUUGUCACAAAACCACAUGCCUCAACUUGGCCAGAUUCAGUCUCAACUGGGCAAUGAAUGGCUUAAUAUCAACCAGAGCUUGAAAAGUUAUCCAUCCAAAGGUUUUAGUGACUAUUGGCUUAGCACUACCAAGACUCAGCCUAUGAAGUAUACUGGACGCAGAUUGCAGAAGCAGAACCAAAAGGGUUCUUUAUCAUCAGCUUCAUCACCUGGAAAGCUGUUCAGAGGGGUAAGGCAAAGGCAUUGGGGGAAAUGGGUUGCAGAGAUAAGGCUACCAAGAAAUAGACCAAGAGGGACUUUUGACACUGCAGAAGAAGCUGCUAUAGCGUAUGAUACAGCAGCAUCCAUGUUGCGUGGAGACUAUGCACAUUUGAAUUUUCCAGAUCUUAAGCAUCAAUUCAAGGCCAAUUCUUUCAAUGGAAACACUGCGGCACUUCUUGAACCCAAGUUGCAAGCAGCAUCACAAGGUAUUUCUGCUAACAAGAAGUCAAAUGACCCGUCACCGACACCAGCAAAAGUCAAAGAUUUAAAUCAAAACACAGCAAAAAGAGAGUGGCAAUUUGAGCUGGAAAGUAAGGCAGGGUCUGAAGUGUAUGAGAAUAAUAGGAAAACUCCGGCGAUUCUAUCAUCAGAUGUGGAAGCUGUACAGUUAAGUAGAAUGCCUCCCUUGGAUAUGGAUAUGAUCUGGGAUGCUUUUUUGAUCUCAGAUUCAUGA